AUGGCCGAUGCAGUCACGUUUGUCCGCGAAUUAUACGUGACAGCCUCACGGCCCGAACGGCCAUUGAUAGAAGAGAGCCCAGGUCCGUCCGUCCGGGGACGCCAGAAUAUCAUGGCGGAUAUCAAGAACAACUGUUUUGGACAUCAUGCCAGCAGUACGUGUGCGAUUGGGGCGGACGAUGACCCGAUGGCGUGUCUCAACUCGCGCUUCCAAGUGCGCGGCGUUGAAGGCCUCAGGGUUGUUGAUGCCUCUGUCUUCCCGCGUGUGCCGGGUUCAUUUCCCCAGCUGGCGACUUAUAUGAUCAGUGAAAAGGCGACGGAUGUUAUUGUUGAAGAUGAGGGAUUGAACGUGGAUCUUUCCGUACUGGAGGCAGGUCUAGGGGAUCUGGCGUUGAGAGAUGGAUAG